AUGGAGAUGCUGACACUCCACGGCGACGCCUCCAAGGAGGGGAACGACGCCCACGGGCGACGUCACCACCUGCCCAACCCAAGCCGAGCAAGACUUUCGUCCGAGUCGUCGACCAUCUCCGAAGCCCCAGAGCAUGGGCAGAGCGCCUUUGAGCCUCUCAGCGCUGCCCCACAGCGCCUCAACGAUGAAGCCGCAAAAAACUACAAGCCACUCCGACACACCCCGCAACGCCGAAGAUCCGGUCAACCUCCAUCUCCACCUCCAGACCGACCAGGCACCGCAGCCUCCAUGCUCCCCUCCAGCCGGAGCAACGCUGCCCGCGGUGAACCUCGCCAACUCCAGGCGCCCACCCACGUCCAGGUCGCCCCGGCCCAGCAGGCCCAGAUCGGGCCCAUGAAGCCCAGAUCUGGCCCGCACUCCAUCCUCCUCUCUCCGCCGCCGGGCGACGCAGACCUCGCCGGACUCGAGGCGGUGGACCUCUGCUCGCCGAGGCUCUCCCCGGCCGAGCUUCUCCGUGCCGCCACCUCUCGCACCAGCCACGCCCAACGCCUCCCGACGUCGCCCCUGCUCCGCUCCGCCGCGGACCUCGCCGGCCUCCGCCAUGGCGCCGCACCACCCUCCCCGGACCUCCGUCGCGCGCCGCAGAGCUCGCGUAGCCCCCCGCCCAGCCGACCGCACUUGCCCGCCGCGCCUCCCAUGGCGUCCCGCCGCCGCACGAAGGGGACCCGCUGGGGCGCGCCCGCCCGCGCCCGCCAUCUUCGAUGGCCGAGGCGGUGGCCGCCACCGCCGGCCCUGGCGGCGGCAGCGGCCGGAGGAGGAGAUCCCGGCGGCGCUCUAGGGUUUGGUGUUGUCGCCUCCGGAGCCGCCCAUGCGUGGCGACCCGGGAGGGAUAUUUUCACACUGUAA